AUGGCCAAAUCUGCUGAUCCCGUACAGGCUGCACGCAAAGCAGCCAUCAAGCGUGAGGCAAAUCGCAACCGAGAGCGCAAACGGCAAGCACACGAGGCACGCGCUUUACGCCAAGACACGAGCCCGCUAGAACGUCAGAUACAACGUCUCGAAGCCAGACAGGUAACGCUCGACCAAGAGGAUCAAGAGGAACUGCAGCGCCUUCGGAUGGAAGUGGCGGACGUCAAACGCAUCAAGGAAGAAUACAUUCGCAAGCAUCCAGAUCAGCGCAACUUCGUUCGCGGAUACGAAGAGCUUGCGAGCAGCUCCGCUACUGCCAAGGCGAGCCAAAGCAGCAACAACGAUUCCACAGUUCAGCAGCUCGGAUCUGCUUUCCAAAGCGAUCAAAGUGCAGCAGCACAAGCCACCUCUAGGGAUCCCAGAUGGAGCAUCUACUAUGAUAGGACCUUCAAUCCGUAUGGAGCGCCGCCCCCAGGCAUGCCGUAUCUGGAAAAGCCGCACGCUCAGCUUGUACAAGAAGGCCUCUUAGAUGCAGCCAAGCCACCGCCGCUCCCCGAAGAGACGGUAGACCUUCACAGUUCGGGCUCGUAUGAUAGUAGCGACAACUCGAGCGUCGAUGACGACCUCAAGGACAUCAUCAUGCCUUCGGGCCCGCCACCUAUCAGGCUAUCCACUGGCACUGCUCACUCAACCCAGCAAAGUAGUCCAGCUCGAAGGCCAUUCCCCGAAACAAGAGGAGGAUACGCACAAAGCCAAGGAGGAAGAGGAAGAGGCUCUCACCGUCAAGGCGGGCGGCACGGUCCUGCGUCUGCUCAAGGUCGCAACGUUUGGCCGCCUCAAGGCCCUGCUGGCCUGCCUCCACAACCCCCCGCCGGACUACCCGCCAGACCUUCAGUACAAACCGCGACCUUCAACACCUCUCAACCCAGCUCGCUUAGGCCACCUGGACCACCACCGGCGGUGCCCGACGGCGUCGUCAUCUCUGCAGAGCCCCAACUUCGAGACUUUAGGAAGGAAUCCACCGCUUUCGUCCCAGCUGCGAUUCGUAAGAAGCAGCAAGAAGAGAAAGCCAGGAUGAAGCGAGGACUUCCGGGCCGCGUUGAUGCUGCCCCACUCUCGAACAAAAACCCCGACUCGUCCUCGGCAUCUUACAAGGACAAACCGGAUCUGCUCAAGUCGCUGCAAGCCCAUCUUCCAUCGAAAGACGCGACAAGCCAUGGUCGAAGCGGUGACAAGGUCGACAAAAGCAACAGUAGCAAAAAGGACUACGAUCGGUUCCUUGAUGAGAUUGGUGAUCUUCUGUAG